AUGCAUGUGGCAUCAGACCAGCUCAUCGUCAGCUUAGCUAUACUCGUGUCACAUUGUUAUAUUUCCUCACCGUUACCACUCAAAAACAAAACUACAACUUCAGCAAAAGUUGACAACGUUUCUGAAUCUAUGUUGAAAGAGAACAGCAUUUUCACGAGCAUCGUACGACAAGAGAGGAAAAAAAGGAGAGUCGCAGUGUUGGUGAAAAGAAGCAAUAAGUCAGACGAUGAAACACUACUCGACUCUACUCGACUCACUCGACCUACGCAGAAUGUUGGCGUCAAAGCAGGCAAAAAGGAAACGACCCUUGGGCUACCAGAAUCAAGCGUAAAUCGUAAUAAAUCUGAUACUUCUGCGAGUGUCACUACUGAAGAAAGCACGCUCUACGGGGUGAAAUGGAUGAAGUGGCAAAAAUAUCUGGCUGAUCAACAGUUAUUUCUACCGAUCCAUAUACCUCAUAUGGAUGAAAAUCUUCUUUUGCGGCUUUUGAAGGACAGUGAGUCUGCCAAACGGAAAACAGCAGCAGGACCAACGCCAGAGUGUACAGAGCCGUCGCUUUUCAUAAGUCUAGCAUUUCUGAUUCUAAUUGGCGCAACGACCAUAUUAUGUCAGAGAAUGCGUAGCAUCGACUUUGUGCGAAGCCCCUCUAUUAAGUACACUAGAACAGUAAAUAAUGAUGCAAAGUCCCAGCUCGCAAAAGCGAAGGCCCUACACACAGAGCUGAGGCAUACCCCUAGUAGAAGUGCUAAAUUAAUAAUUUCAUGUUGUUGUAUAAGAAAUUUUGCGAUUAGUAUGAGAGAAGCUGCAUUCACUGAUACUGAGAGUAUUCCUCAACAAUAUCCUGAAGCAGGAGACGAAGAAACAGACCUACCAGAAAUGGCAAAUGAUUUUCGACGUACCAUUAUUGAUCGUUACUUCACGUAA